GGCAUAAAUUGCAACAUCCCUUCACUGAUCAGUACAUUUCGCACUUCAUCUCUGUCCUGCUAAGGCCACCAAGGUGUGCGCACACCAUGAACUGUAACUCUCGAUGAUUUUUAGCAUUUAAUUUGCAAGAUAAUUCAGCCUCAUGAAUGAAUCUGCCUUCGACUUUGCAAGUUGAGAAGAUGAUGUUAUUGAUCUUGUUUUACACGAGUAAACCAGAAAGUGUUCAUUGUCUUACUUUAAUGACGCAUGUGCAAUAACGAAGACAAGAAAGGGACAACUCUUUUCUAGCUAGCAAGGAAUGCAACGUCAUGAAUGAAAAGUAAAGUGAAAACAUUGAAAAGUUCAGUUAUGAAACUGAGUGAAUAAUAAUCCGAAGGAAGGGACAGAUUCAUAAAUGAAUAAUCGACUGAAUCGACGAAAGAAAGUCAAUUUUGACAAACCAUUGAAGGAGACAACGGAGAAAUGUAACUCUUGAAGACAGACCAUCAUAACGAGAAAACUGACAAAUUAAUAGAACAAAAUGGCAAUUAACGUCGUGUUUCCAAUUUUGAUUCCACUCGAAGAGAAUUUACGGAAUGCGACACGUUUGUUAUCGGGGUCUGGCGCAGGCCCUCUGGAAUUCACUCAACCUCACUACUGUGCAGUCCUCAGAGAGGAUGCAAAGUUGGCUGCCGCUGUGUUGAACGUCAAAGCUAUUCACAAGCAAGGAGCAUCUGUUCGGUACAGCAUUACUGGAGGAAACCGGGAUGGCUUAUUUACAAUCGACCAGCAUACGGGACUCAUCACGCUAGCUGCCACUCUCGACUACGAAGUAUAUGAUAAGCAUGAGCUAGUUGUAUCUGGAGAGGCAGCAAGCCACGUCGUCCACACCAUCGUCCAGGUGAAGGUGCGUGACGUCAACGACAACCCUCCUUUCUUCGUCUCUCAAGAUCCUGAGGUCACUGUCAUUGAGGAGGUUGAUCGCCAUCUUCCGAAUACUCUCCUGAAGGUAGAAGCAAGGGACAGAGAUGAAUUGGAUUACCAGGGUCUCCUGUAUACAGUGCGUGGAGAUGGGGUCGACGGAUACACUCCCGACGACGCCUAUUUCACAAUCAAUUCUCUCACUGGAGAAAUUAUGCAACAAAGGGCUCUUGACCGCGAUCCUCCGAAGGGAAAAGCCGUGUGGAAGGUUAGGGUACAAGUCCGAGACGGUCAGGCCCUUUGGAGUCGACCUCGGAACAAAAGACAUGCAGGAACUCCUAGAAAACGAUCGAGUCACCCCCUCAAGUCGCUGAGCUCAGCUGACCCACAAAAAUUGACAUCCGGAACAGCGAACGAAAGUGACAGACGAAGAGGAAGAGGAAGUUGGGAUGAAAGGCGAGUUGAUGGAAGGGAAACAAGGAUACAAGAAAGAGGAGUUGAAGAGGAAAGAAGAGAAUCUGUUGGAAGGUUGAUGAGAAGCUCGAAGGAAAAACGAGAAGCGAGACAAUACCUGAAAAGUUAUUCGUAUCGUCCGAAGUCUGAGAAUCAUUUCCAGAAGGUGAGAUUAUUUUCCGAUAAAAAGGGGAUGGCCGAUGAUUCUCAAAAUAUGUCUCUGCCUUUUCGGGUGAAAAAUAUCACCCUACAUAAGUUCCCUGUGGGCCUAUUCUCCUUUGCUGGACGGGAUGAGAAAAUUAUACAUUCCAAUAAAUUGUCGUCUAGCCUUAGCGUAAGGUUUCGUCCGAUGGCCAGCGUGGUAACCGAAGCCGAAAUAAAGAGCGGACGUUUCCGUCAAUACACUUCCAAAGAGCCUCGUAGAUUCUUGCCUAUAGGAGAGAAGCAGAAACGCUUCGAUGGCCGAGUUGCGCCGGGCAGUAAAAAAUGUCUGGGAAUGACGCAAAUAGUGAAAGGACUUUCCGAAGGAAAUCUUUUGAGCGAUAAAGAUGGACAUUUCGACUCUUACCUCUUAGAACAUAAGUCAGAGGUAUUGAGAAAAUCGCCUCUUACACGACGCAUGCGCGGAAAUCUUGACAACGCCAGAUUUCUUGUAGGAUAUCCAGAACGUAACUUGGGAAUCAGAAGCAACCAGCCGAUAAACAUAGAAAUGAAAACGAAAGAGCCCGACGAAACAAGCGGAGACAAAAAAGGUAAUAUCAUAUUUUUGAAGAAUAGGAAACGAAACAAGAGGACAGCCGACGAGGGUUUUUUGGACAGACAGUACGAGUUCGGAAAUUUUGGAUUGGAGAGCGAAUGUGAUGUGAAGGACCCCUUCGGUUCGAACAAAGGCAACAACGACACUGUCGAUCCUUCAGACCUCUGGGCCAACACUGACCUUAGCGCCUACGGCAUCGGAGGAAGGACAGGACGAGUCCACCUGGCGGAGACCACGGUCACUAUCUUCGUGAAGGACAUCAACGAUAACCCUCCAGUGUUCCCGAACGCCACCAUGUUCGCCGAAGUUCAAGAGAAUGGACCAGUUGACCUGUCCGUAACGGUGGUAUCAGCGUGGGACGCAGACGACGUCGAAGAAGGGGCAAACGCCGUCAUCAGGUAUUCCAUCGAGAAGAAUGCCCUCCACGAAGUGUCAGGGGAGGCCAUCUUCAAGGUGGAUUCCGAGACGGGGCUCAUCACCACCGCCGUCUGCUGCUUGGACAGAGAGACGACUCCCGAGUACCACGUCCAGGUUGUUGCUACUGACGGAGGAGGACUCAAGGGGUCCGGGAUCGUCAUCAUACGACUGGUUGAUGUGAACGACAACUCGCCUCGCUUGGCCAAGAAAAUGUGGGAGGUCGAGAUGGACGAAACUUGGGGCCGAGGACCUCCUGAUAAUUCCACUCUGCUCGAGAUCUCCGUCAGCGACAGGGACACCAAUAACUACUUCUUCUACAGGGUGGUAGAGGAGAGCGGCUGGGGCUGGGCCCAUUUCGAUAUUAGGUCCGUGGGGACUCUGGGCCAUUUGUACGCUCGACAGACCCUCGAUUUCGAGGACGAGACGCAUCGCCGAGGGUUCAAGUUUAUGAUACAAGUCACGGACAAAGGGCGAGGGGGUUGGCAUGAUGGUCGCCAUUUGGACUCUGCAUGGGUGAAGGUCCAUCUCAGAGACCUAAACGACAACGCCCCGGCCUUCGUGCGGUCACACGUGCACGUGACAGUUAAGGAAGACGCCCAACCUCACAGCGUGUUGACUUCAUUGCCUGCUCACGAUCCUGAUAUGGAAGGUAAACAAGGCGUGGACUUCCGCGUCGUGGGUGGAUGGGGUGCCCUAACGGUGGACAAAGCUGGUUCUGUGAGCCUAUGGAGAUCCCUAGACCGCGAGGCCUCCGGCGGCGCCCUUGGGAUGGCUAAAGUGAUCGCCCUCGAUCGUGGGCAACCGCCUCAGUCUUCCACAGCCACACUCACAAUUUCAGUUACUGAUGUCAACGAUUGUCCACCGCGUCUUCUCCCACCUACAGUCUUCCACGUGACGGAGGGCGUACCACCAGCUCUUUUGGGCGUGCUUACUGCUACUGACGAAGAUGUGUGGGCGCUAGGGCACGGGCCCCCUUUCACGCUUUCGCUGGCUCCGUCUAAUCCGGCUGUAAUAAAAGAACUUGUUGAUGUCAAGUUUCUAUCGCAUCUUGAUAGCGGCCGAGGUGGAGCCGAGGUCUGGACAAAAGAAUCCCUAGACCGGGAACAACAUCGUGAAUUGUCCGUAGAAAUCCUCCUGCAGGAUGCUGGUGGGGUAUCAGGAACUCAAGGAAUUAAGGUCAUAGUUGAUGACAUCAACGAUAAUCCAAUGAAGCCAGCAUCAAAAACCGUUUACCUCUGGAAGACCCAGGGAGGGAGUUCGGAGGCCCCUCUUGGGCGCGUCUACGUGGAGGACCCGGAUGACUGGGACCUCCAAGACAAGACUUUCCAUUGGAAGGGACAACCUCACCCUCUCUUUUCUCUCAACGCCCAGGACGGAACUAUCUUAGCCUCCAGCCAGGUCCGGGAAGGAAGAUACGAACUGCAUUUCUCGGUCGACGACGUCUCCUGGGCUCAGCGAGCGAUAUCAGCCAACGUGACGGUCAUAGUGCGCCACCUGACGCAGGAAGCCCUUGCUCAUUCCUCGCCCAUUACUCUCAUGCCGACGACGCCCCGAGAGCUCACAGCUGGCUGGAUUCCCAUGAAAGGUGGUGGAGAACUCGGGAACCUUACCGAUUCCAUGAAGAAAAUCUUCGGGGACUCCAUCCAGUCCCUCGAGAUCGUGAGCAUCUAUGACGUCAGCUUCCCAAAAGCAUCUCCUCAAGUGCAGAAGCCAUUCACAUCCUCAUCGUCUUCGUGGUAUACACUGUCUUUGUCGUCUCCGCAGAGAAACAGUAGCUUAGCACAAACCAAUCCUCAGCCCGCAACUUGUGUUUGGGUCAGCGUUCAGGAAAGAGGAGGAACUUACAUGAAUCCUGUCAAAUUACAGGGUAUUCUGGGCCUACAUUCCGAUGAACUAGAAAAGGCUACGAACCUGACAGUCUUCGUCGAGAGACCGGAUGUCAUCCUCGGCGAGGAGAUGAGCAGAGGAAGAUGGAGCUCUCAGGAGUCUUUUGUAGGACACGAUCAUUCCUCCUCACCUGCGUUGGUCGACCCUCCGGAUCCGCCCUCGGCAGCAUCCCGGGCAUCCCUUUCUCUCCCUCUUCAGGUAGUGGACACAAAUCUGACGUCUGUAGUUACCCCUCGCCUUACUCAGACCACCCACUGCAGCUCCCAAGAACCAGAGACAUGCACAUCCAUUUCUUGCCUAAAUGGUGGGAGAUGUAUCAGAACUACUCAAGGUAUGAGGUGUGUUUGUCCAAGUGGGACAUGGGGAUUCCGUUGUAAAGCAAUAUCAAGAACCUUUAAGGGGUCUAGCUUUAUUUGGAUCCAACCAAUACCGGCAUGUGUUCCAACAGUGAUCUCUCUCAAAGUUUUGACCCGAAAACAAGAAGCACUUCUGCUAUAUGCUGGUCCUCUCAUACAGUAUGCCAGAAAUUCAACUUCUAAAGCCACACCUCUACUAGCAAUUCAGGUUAUUCAAGGCAGGGUGCAAAUGGUGGUAGAGGGAGGAUCAGACCCUAUCAAAUUACGAGUUGGUACACCAGUUAGUAAUGGAGACUGGCAUACAAUACAUGCAAAACUUGAUGAGCAGGGUGCUUCACUGAUGGUAGAUUUAUGUGACAAAAAAUGGGAAGAAGAGGGCAACGAUGAUGACUCUCAUUGCGUCGAUAGGCAAGAGUGGAGAGAUCCAGCAGAUGCUGAGUUAUGGAUCAAUGCAUCUCCCAUUCAACUAGGUGGCUUGGCUCACACACCUCCAAAUGCACAAAGUCAUGGAUGGAAAGAAUCACCUACUUCGGAACACUUAGAUGGUUGUCUUUCCCACCUGAAUAUAAAUGGUCAGUUGAUGGAUCUAGGAGAACCUGCUUUAAGCAAGGGCAGUUUGGCUGGUUGCUUGCCGCAAGAAUCUUCCUGUUCCUAUGGUUUAGGUACAUGUGGAGUCAGAGGUACCUGCACUGGAGGGCUUAAUAAACCUGAAUGUCAUUGCGAUCCUGGCUGGUCUGGUGAUAAAUGUAACACCCCAACAGUGUCAGCUAAACUAAGAUCAAGGUCGUACAUGAAAAUGGCACUGUCAUUUACACCUGCAUCAAAGGUCAUGAGCAUUCAAGUCAGGAUGAGGACUCGAGGUAGAAGAUCUGGCCUUAUAUUUUGCAUAGGGUCCAAACAAAGUAAAGAUGUCUUUUCAUUGCAAUUACAGUCCGGAAUUGCCUGUGCUUCAGUGACAAACUCUGACACGAUCUUGGGGUCAGUUUGCGUUGAAGGACACCCGAUUGGUGAUGGACUGUGGCAUACUGUCAGAGCAGAGCGCCAUGGUCACAACAUAAUGGUUGGUGUUGAUGAUGCAGAUGGCUCAAAACAAAAUUACUCUUUUCCUACUCUGAUGGUUCCCGAUAUAGACUCAGUCAGAGGACACUCAAAGAUGUCUGAUUAUGUCCAAAUGCCACCGUUAGGUUUAAGAACUGAUGAUUGUGAUGGAGUGACUGUUGGGGGAAUCCCAGUAUUUGAAGAAGUAAAGACUCUUACUGUAGAUGAAGAUUUAGAUGAAACUUGCUUGGAUGAUCUUCGCAUAUCUGGUCGUAUGAUGCCUUUAGCUCCUACUCUAAACAAAACAAUUUGGGGCAAAGUCGCAAGUUUUGAAGGGGUCGAGUCAGGAUGCAAUGCAGCAAAUUCUUGUCAAAGUAUUACUUGUGCCUCACCACUCUCUUGCAUCAAUGAUUGGGGAAGACCCAUUUGUGGUUGCAGCCAGGGGCGUCAGCUCAUGGGUCAUGUGUGCGAGGACGUCAACGAGUGCCUUUGGAGGCCGUGCCUCCAUGGAGGCUCUUGUUAUAAUACAGAACCUGGGUUCAUGUGUUUGUGCGGCCCGGCCUACACUGGAGAACAUUGCCAGUGGAACAAUCACCAUAACUCGUCGCAUCCAUUAAUUGGCCCCGCAGCAAUAGCUGCCGUAACUCUCUCGCUCCUUUUUUUAGUGUUUGUGGGAGUGCUGCUGUCCUUACGACUCAGGCGUCGCCUGCUGGCAGGGAAAUUAACAUCAAGGAGAGAGAGCACCGCGGGGGAUGAAGAUGGAAUCUGUGAUCUCAGCACAGAAGAGGCUACGAUCAUCGAGGUUAAAGGAGGGACUGAGGAGGGAGGAGGAGGAGGAGGAGGAGGGACGGCCAAGGAAAGUGCUCUCGGAAAAAUGGAGCCAAAUCAGGAGAUCUUCCUCGAGAGCUUGCAUCUCAAGUCAUCCAAUAGUCAACAAGAAAAGCUCAACAACUCAAGUCCUGUCAGCAGCAAGCCAAGCAAAGCGUCAUUAUUAAGAGCAGCAGUCAUCUUGGAGGAACAAUCUGCUAACGCCUUAGACGUCCUUCCAGCUCAGGACGACCUUAGGGCUUACGCAUACGAGGGGGAAGGGUCUUCGGCGGGGUCACUCUCUUCAGCGUCAUCAGAUCUGAAGGGAGAAAAGACAGAGGACGCCAUACCAGCGUUGUCACCGGCCUUCCUGGAUGUCAUGGACCUCCUGAAGACUUUACCGGAGGCCCCAACAUCUUUCACACCCGAGCAGACGGAGGGAGCGGGACCUCCUGCAGAGGAGGCGAGCGUCAUCUCCGUCAGAGAAAAUCCAAGGCGAUUAUCUUCCACAACAACCCCUUCAGAAGUGACUGUUUCUUCCGAGCCCUUCUCGCAGGACAACAUGGGCGACGAAGAGAUGAUUUCAACAUUGUGCUCACGGUUCAUUCCUCGCUCUUAGAUAUUAUCAAAUAAGAUUGGGUGUUAUUAAGGAUUUGUUUGAAUAAAAAAAUGGGGGCAUCAUGAUUCGGCGAAUCCUACUUUUAUUCUAUCAUAAUGUUUGUCAGCAGUGAUUUCCGCUAACGGUAGAGGUUACGUUACAGUAUGUGUAUAUAUUAUUAAUUUGU